UCAUCAGCACCAUCCGUCCCCUGGACUGAUGCAGUGUCACAGCAGGCACCUCCCUCUCUCACUGGAACCCUCCAUAGACGCUCCCACAUACACCCAGGAAGGAAAAUGGAGUAGAAGAGGGAAAUGCUGAAGCAGAAGGCUGUGUUCCCAGGAUUUAGCCACUUCUCACCAUGAGCAUCGCCGUGUCCCCAAUGGCCACCGAGGCCGCCUCACCCAUGAUCACCUCCGUCACUCCCACCAUCGACCCCUGCGCCAAAGAGGUGGAGGGGCCAGGGGAGAGUGGAGGAAGCUAUGGUAUGGAGCCAGUGAAGGAACAGGACACCACCUGGCGCCACCAGAAGCCCCCACCUCUCCACACAGGCGCUGACUGGAAGGUGGUGCUCCAUCUCCCUGAGAUCGAGACCUGGCUCCGCACCACCACGGUGAGGGUUCGUGACCUCACCCAUUCAGUCCACCAGGAUGCCCUCAACAAGCAUGUGGACGUGCACCUGGUGCAGCUCAAGGACAUCUGUGAGGACAUCUCGGACCACGUGGAGCAGAUCCACGCCCUGCUGGAGACCGAGUUCUCCCUGAAGCUGCUCUCCUACUCUGUGAACAUCAUCGUAGACAUCCGCACCGUGCAGCUGCUGUGGCACCAGCUGCGUGUGUCUGUGCUGGUGCUGCGGGAGCGUCUGCUGCAGGGCUUGCAGGACUCCAACGGCAACUAUACCCGGCAGACCCACAUCCUGCAGGCCUUCUCCCAGGACCAUGACCAGGCCCGGCUGGAUGCUCUGACCGAGGUGGACGACUCAGGCCAGCUGACCAUAAAGUGCAGCCAGGACUACUUCUCUUUGGACUGCGGCAUCACUGCGUUUGAGCUGAGCGACUACAGUCCUGGCGAGGAGUCAGAGGGGCAGAUUCCGGGGCAGGAAUGCCACAGCUGCUACCCUGAACUGGAGCAGGACUUUCCCGAGCUCAUCCAGAGCGUAGGCCUGUUGACGGUAGCGGCUGAGCGUUUGUCCGCCCAGCAGAGCCAGGGGGAGUCCAACGGGGAGGACGCCGCCACUGCCACUGGAGCCCCAGGGAAGGCUCAGAUUGUAGCUGAGGACUCGCCCAGCAGCCCGGCUGCAGAGUGCUCACCUGCCUCACCCGUGAUGCACUGUGGCGCCCCCCCGGGAGAGAGUGCCAUCAGCAAGCGGCCUCUCCGCGACUGCUUCAACUGCAACGAUGUGUCCCCCACCCAGCCCUCCCUGCCCAAAAAGGCCAUGUACCUGGAAGGCAUGUUCCGGGAUGAUACAGAGUCUGUCCUCAAGAGGGCCCCACCAUCCUCCUCACUCCAGUUUCAGGGCGACAUCAGCCGCAGCACCCCCUCCCUCCUGGACCCCCCAGAUCGCUCCAAAUUCUGGCUGGAGCUCACCUCUGUCUACCCCAGCGGUGUCAGCCAGUCCUAUGACAGCCUCCAUGUUGCAAACCACAGGAACAGACAAGCGGACAGUGAGGCCAGUCACCUGAAUAGGAGCUCCUCUGAGACAGGCCAGGCUAACGACCCCGAGAGUCAUCCAGGGUCUCACUGUCCUGGCACUGACCUUGACCACGGCCACCUGGUGAGUGAACAGAGAAGUGGAGUGGGGGAGAGUCCCCCGCCUCCAGAGUCAGACCUUCAUGAGGAAGGUGAAGAUGCAAACCAGGAGCAGACUACCCACUAUGCCCCUCCUAAAAGUCCAGCCAUCCAGAUCCUCCAGGAGGAGGGAGCCAGGCACUCACCCAGUGGGAGCAGCAUGAUGAGCUCAAAAGAGGACUGCUGGUACGUCUCUGAUGAGUACCUUGCACUCCCUACCCAGCUAAAGAAGACAGAGAUGUUGGCCUUGAAGCUGGAAAGUCUCGCCAAAGCCUUACCCCACAGGUCCCUGCAGGAGCCCAUCCAGGACGUGGAUGACUGGGAGCUCUCUGAGGUCCACUCCGACUGGGACAGUGGCCCCUCAUUCCAGCAUGGCCGUGGGUUCGAGAAGUCCUUUUUGGUGGCCCGCCUCUCGCCAACCUCCUCCAGUGACAUAGCUCCCUCUCUUGAUGAGAGCAUCGAGUCUGGGCCCCUCAGUGACCUGCAGUCGGAAGACGAGGCAUACUGGAAUGCCACUGAAUCCAGGAGAAGAGAGAAGUCACCCUGGCUGUCAAAGACACAAGAGAUGGAGGAUUCAUCCAGCCUGCACAAGCCCCUGGUACAGCAGCUAAUGGAGGAUAUCCAGCACCAGGAAAACUACCAGGACAUAUGGGGAAAGAUUGAGGGGUUUGUCAGUAAACUGGAUGAGUUCAUCCGCUGGCUGAGGGAGGCUCUGGAGAGCACAGAGAAUUGGACCCCUCCCAAAGCGGAGACAGAUAGCCUCCGGCUUUACCUAGAGACACACCUGAGCUUCAAGCUGAGCGUGGACAGCCACUGCUCCCUGAAAGACAGUGUGCUGGACGAGGGCAGGCAGCUCCUGGAAGUCAUCAUCUCCCACAAAUCAGGUCUCAGGGACAUGCUGCAGAUGAUUGCUCAGCAGUGGCAGGAGCUGCAGAGGCAGAUUCGCAGACAGCACUGCUGGAUCCUGCGUGCCCUGGAUGCCAUCAAAGCACAGAUCCUGGCCCAAGAGGCUUCUGGCGAGGCAUGGUGCGGAGCCACCAGCCCCAAGGGGGAGGUCCAGCAGUGUCAUCGUGAGGCUCAGAGGGACGCUCUGGAUCAGAUGGCUCUCAGACUCAACAGCCAGCAGUACUGCAGUGGCUCCAAGAGGAAGAAGGAAUUCGCCCAGAUGUCAAAGGUCAACAGGAUCGGGAGCAACAGCCUGCUGGACUUUGAGUCAGAGUACCAGGAGCUUUGGGAUUGGCUGAUGGAUAUGCAGUCCAUCAUGAUGGACAGCCACGAGCUCAUGAUGUCAGAGGAGCAGCAGCAGCAUCUCUACAAGGGGAACAGUGUUGAGAUGGCCAUGUGGCUGCCCAGGAAGAUCCAGCUGCUGGCCCGGGUAGACUCUCUGCGCAGGAGUAGCAAUGAGCUGCCCGCUGACUUUGAGGACCGUGUCAGCGCCCUCUCGCGCAAGUGGGACCUGCUACAGGGAAUUCUGGGAGAGCAUGCUGAAGCGCCUGGUCCCAGCAGCGCUGCCCAGGACCCCCGCAUCCUGCUCUCUCCAGAGACCAAGAGCAUGCUGGGACAGCUGGAAAGCCGCAUCAAGGACCUGAAAGCCUGGCUGCGGGACACAGAGCUCUUCAUCUUCAACUCAUGCCUGCGGCAGGAGCGGCAGCAGGCACCACAGGACACACAAGGCCCUCAGGACCCUCAGGACCCUCAGGCUGCCAAGCAGCUGCAGUACUUUAAGUCACUAUGUUUGGAAGUGCGGGGGCGACGCAAGGGUGUGGCCUCUGUCCUCAGGCUGUGUCAGAAGCUGCUAGAGGAGCAGGAGGUAUCGGACGCUGAGGCAGACCGCCAGGCCCUUCAACUGCUCGUAGUCAACCUGGAGCGUCGCUGGGAGGCCAUCGUCAUGCAGGCCCUGCAGUGGCAGACCCGCCUGCAGAGAGCGCUAGGCACCGAGCAGGUUCCUGGGAAUGCAAUUGAACCCUCAUUCAUGGACCUCCAUAGCCCCCCUGAAGACUCCUGGGAGUGGGAUGAAACAGACAUUAGUAAUGACCUGAUCAGCAUCAGCCUGGAGUCACGCAACCUUGAGGAAAAGCCGAGUCAUACAUGCAGAUUAACCACAGAGUCCCCAGGGAGCCAUUGGGAUGUCCCUGAAUCGAGUCAGAGCGUUCCACCCCAUGAGCUAUCUUCAACCCAGUGUCUUAGGCUAACACCUCCAUCCUCACAUCCGAGUACCUACCAGGUAUACAGCCUGCAUGAUGUGGAACUGUACAACCGGCCCCAGUUCCCCUUCCACAAGAAGAUCCAAGUCAGAGGCAGUGGCAAGCAGUCCUUGAUGAAGAGUCUGAGCAAGGAUUCCUCCUUCUGCUCUGCUGAAUCCCUGCCGGACAUCUUCAGAGGUGUGCCGUGUGGGAAGGAAGGGCGAGGCAGCCACUCAGGAGACACGACCCGGCGGUCAGAGAGUGAAAGCGGGAUCAUGAGCGAGGGGGACACUGAGACCACCACCAAUUCGGAGAUCUGCGUGCUCCACCUGCUGGCAGAUGAAUUUGCGGGCGACAUCUCACCCAUGCCUCCCACUGAUGGCGCCGAGUCCCUGGCCAUGGGGCGAGUGUGUGAUGAAGAUAUCGACAGGAUCCUGGAGCGUGCUGAAAAGAUUUCUCUAUACGAGGGUUGCGACACCACCAUGCCAGGUGGCAAGAAGAAGCCCAAAGUGGCAAAGAAAGAGAGAGAUGAAUCCACUGAGGGGAAGAGAAGGAGCGGGAGAGACCCCGUGGAGAUCCUUAUUAACGGGCACUACUCGUUCCUGGACUCUGAGGCUGAGGAGUUUCACCCCAGGGCUUUCAGAGGUGCCACAGAUGAUGAGAGAGAGGGCACAGACAGGAAGAGUGGGAAAGUGCCUGUCUCUGCUUCCCAGGGCUCCUCCCUUGACUCGCUCUUCGUUUCAGGAGAUUUAUUCUCGUCCAGCAAAGACACUCUGCACCGUAGCACCUCCCUGGAGAGCUGGCUGGCUCCAUGUAAGAGCAGUGAGGAGAUCAGCAGCCAGCACAGCCUGGGGGACCUGGGCCUGACCGCCGAGUCCACGGGGGAGCUGAGCAGGAGGACUCUGGAGCUGCUGAAGCGCCUGGAAAACAUCCAGAGCCCCUUUGCUGGGAAGAUGACACGCAGCGUCUCUGACAUCACCCUCCGGAGCAGCUCUUUGCGGCUGUCGGGGCCCGGGCCCCUCUCCCUGGGGGCCCCCUCUUCCAUCAACGAGAGCUCUGCCCCCUCCCUCACCGAGCUGAGCAGCAGUGAAGACUCUUCUGUUGGCUCGGAGGACAUAGCAGUGCAGAGGAACUGCUUGAUGGACUCCAACGCCUCCUUCCGCAAGCACUGCCGAAGCCAUGCACCCCAGGAUGAAGCGGACGCCAGUGUCAGCAUGGUGGUGAAUGUGUCCUGCACCUCGGCCUGCACCGAUGACGAGGAUGACAGCGACCUGCUCUCCAGCUCCACACUCACUCUCACCGAGGAGGAGCUGGGUAUCAAGGAGGAUGGUGACUCCAGCUUGGCGUCGGAUGAGGAGUACAUUGAGGGCAGCUUCACGUUGGGGCUGGAGUACAUGAAGAACGAGCUCCAGAAUUGGAUCAAGCCUCGGUCCCUGUCCAGGGAUAAGGGUGAGCUGGACCUGGGGGACGAGCUCCAGUGUGGCACCCAGUCCCAGGAGAGGACACUGAGCACCGCCACCACCACCGGUGAGAAGCGAUUCCUCAGCCGGUCAGCACUAAAGCUCCUGGAGUCCAAUGCCAAUGGGAAGAAUGGCUCUCUCCAGCAUCAGGAAGCAGCGAGGAGCUCCAUGACCCAGUUUGUGGAUGACCUGGAGAACGGAAAUGUGGAGAACUCUCUGAUGAAAGGGAAGGAUGAAGACGAUGAGCUGCUGAGAGAGGAAGGGAGUCUGUUCACCAAGAGCGGUGAGUCCUUCAAGGACUGCUACACACCAGGCUCUGCGACUGGUGGGUCUGAGGGCAUGGUCAGGGUUGCCAAGUGCUCCCCUUGUGACAUGCUGUCGUCACACUCCAAAGAGUCUGCCCUGGAGGGUCAGCUGAAAGGGGAGAUCCCCUGCCACAGUGUCAGACGGAGGUCACCUCUCCCAUCACCUAUUAAUGGCUGUGAGGGGUCUCCCCAGUGCACUCUGGGAUUGACACACGGAAACCAUAGCCAGAGCCACUUGGCCUCCUUCAUGAAAGCCAGCUUGGAAGAGAGCAAACAAGCAGCCAACCCAGACUCACCCUGCUGCAGCCGGGUUCCGGUACCGUCACAGGAAGAAGAGGAGAGUGAAGACGUGCACAACUUUGUGAUGGAGAUCAUUGACAUGGCUUCUGAGGUGCUGAAGAACAAAGAGGUCCGUCCAGACCAGGAGCCACCCAGCUCCGGUCCGGUAACGCAGAUCCGAGACAAGGUGAUGGAGCACUCACACCGCCCCAUCCAUCUGCGGAAGGGUGACUUCUACUCCUACCUGUCCUUGUCCUCUCAUGACAGUGACUGCGGAGAGGUCAGCACCUGCACAGAGGACAAGAGCAGCACCCCCUUGCCCUACAGCAUCAGUGACACCCCAGACAUCCAUGACAAAGAGCUCCUCUUUGAGGCCUGCACUGAGGAGGUGUAUCUGGGCCCUCCACUCUCCUACAGCAUGUGUAUGAGCAAGAGGCAGAACAACAAACCCAGGGCCUGUCCCUCCCCCCAAAGUGUAAAGGACGGAGCUCCUCCACCGGCCUGCACUGAAUACCAAAAAGCACCUGGUAUUUCUCCAGGAAGUACAGCUGGGAGCCAGCUAGAGUGCCAUAAUGAGGCUGCUUAUCUUAAUCCUUUACCAUGUGAAACCCUGAUAGACACUGUUGAAUGUUUUGCAGAUACUAAAAUGCUUGAAUCCAAUAUUUCCCCUGUAAUGACUAAGAUAAGAGUCUCUUGCUCCAGUACAAAUCCUUUAAAAGAGGAAGGCAGCCUUUAUAUUAAUCCUAAAAUUAACUGUCCUCAGAUAAGAAAGAGUGAUAGGGAUGAAAAAGGCCCUGCUUCACAGCGGAUGAAACAGAAGAAUGUCAGGAAAGGAUGUAGUUCUCUUCCAGAAGCUAAGUCAACUCACAAACAGCCUCCUAGGACGGAGCAUGGGUCGGCAGGAAACGGCCGAGGGCCCCAGGGCAGAGCCUCAGUGUCUGACGGCUCCAGCACCUGUGCUUCCGGGGUCCACUCGUUCGUGCGUGAGAGUGGAACAGCCAGGUCUCCAGCCAAGAGAGUCCCCGGCUCCUUUGUCCCUCCCAGUUACAAGCCCCGGCCAUGAGGGGGGGCCUCAGCCCCUUGUAGCCCCCUCCCCCUGUGGGCAUGGCUCCAUCCCCUGGCGCGUGGCUCACACCGGACUGGUCCUCUGGCUGCUUCUGCUCCUCCUCCUCGCCACUCUGUCUCUUGCCCCAAUGAUGUCAUCAGAGUGGCUCACCCCCAUUGUCCUCUUCCCAUUGUGGACCCCGGAACUGAGCUACCUCAAUGGUCAGCCACCAUUCUGACCCCCCACCACCUCGCGUCCCCCUGUGACAAUGUCUCUCCCUUUGUCUGUCUCCUUCAAGUAAUCUCUCUCUCCAUUUCUUUCUCUCUCUCUGUCUUGCUCUUCCUUUCACUCUACCAUCCUGUCUCUAAUCUGCAUGGCAGUUCACUACUAUCUCACCAUCUCACCACUACAACAAGCUGCAAAUAUAAUAGCCCAGGGCUCUCUUCCUUGUUUUCCACACCGGGGUGAAUCCAGGUAGGGUAUUAGGAGGACUCAUGGAAAGGUCCCAUGAAAUCUGUUUGUGAAGUUCUCCCAGGACAGCAGAGAGAGCUCCUCCUCCAGAGUGUUUGUGCUUCCACACCAGUUGUGGGAAAACAAAAGUAGCAGAACCAGAAUUUGGACAUGUGUCUCCUCCAAAAAAAGGGCAGAUGAAAUAGAUGUGUAUCUAUGCAACACGGCCUAAUUUGGAAACAGCUGCAUUGUGUUGUGUACUAAGAGAUCUCUGGCUACUGGCGUAACUAUACACCAUUUCUUUUUUAUGUUUCUUAAGAUUGGAAAAAGUGAGGAAAUGUUUUAAACUUAAAAGAAUGUGUGCCUUGCUGUUUUCUUAUACCUUUUGUUAAAACACUGCUUUUCCCAGUUAAAUGUCCAAAAAAUGAAGAAUGAAAAAAAAAAUGUAAGAAUAGCAAGGUUGAGAUGUGUGAAUAGCGUCUGUAUAUAUGUAUAAGUGCAAACCUUGGUGUAUAAUGAUGGUAUAAAUGCUUCCUGUUUGUGUAAUACUGUGUGUUCAGUGAUGUGGAGAAUAAUAAGCCUUAAAGUGCUAGACUGCAUGGUUAACACUAUAUAAAACAUUGACAAAUAAACUUAAUUUAUUGAACACCAUCUCAUAUGUUUGUUUUCUCGUGUGAUACUGAAAGGCAUGUGAAAAGAGCAUUUCUGCAACAGGCGAGUCAUUCCUGAUUCCCUAUAAACGUCCACCCAAGGUGGUUCUAGAUUCUCUGGAACAGUACAGCUGUAGUUAUACUACACCAGUCCGCUACCAAUAUGCAGCUCCACCCUGGGUUAAGCACG